AUGAUCUCUGUUGUAAUCAUCGCUGAGCUACUGGUGGAGUACACGGCGGCUCUCGCUAAACUAACCGCCGGGAUUCUUCCGACACGACAAGGCGACAGAGACGUCGUACGGAUUGCCGGUUUCUCCUUGCCUUGUCCACCUAGAUCAUCUCCUAUUCCAGAUUUCUCUUCUCACCUCGUCGAUUUCUGA